AUGUCUGACGGCGCUGAACUUAUCCAAAAGCACAUCGAAUUCACGGAGCUUUCUGCGCAAUAUCAGGAACUCUCUGUUUUCACACCACAAUUGCCUGUCGGUGCAAACUGGGGAUACUUGGGCCAGGUCGCCUGUACAUCUGACGGCGACAAUCAGGACCACCGCGGCCUUAUUUUCUUAGCAAAAGACGGCAGCGACGCCCUUGGCGACAUCAUCGACUGGGCACCCGUAUUCAUCGACAUCGAACAACGCCGAUUCUCAACCUGGCGCGGUAUUCUCGCCGAUCCUGAGCGUUACGUGUGCGGUGGCGAUUUCUUUGUGCUUGGGGCGGACAAGCCUACGGCGGAGCAGACAGCUGGUAUCAGAGCCAUCCGCAGGGAUCUCGUUUCGGAACGUCAGCCGCAGCGUCGUAUCUGGGAGGGACGCUUGCCCAAGGCGAUAUUGAGCAUUUGGGAUAUUGUAGUUACGGACCGCCUCCAUGUGAUACCAGGCACGUUCGCAUCGACGGAUACGGAUUCUGUUGAGGGUUUGACCUUACCUGUGGUCCGUUUCAACGCCUAG